GUGUGUGUGUGUCUCACACGCGGAAACAAUCUUACUCCCUCACACACAUGUUCUCACACACACACACACACACUCUCUCUCCUCUGUGUCUCCGUGUUGGACCAAACAGAGCACAGGAGGAGGCAACAGGGGAGAGGAGUGGAAGGAGAAAGGAAGAGGACACGAGGAGGGGGAGAAGGAGACAGACAGCUGAGUGGAGGGAGGUUUUCACACCACUUUACCAUCAUCUGAUCUGACAUGGCCACCGCAUAGGAAUCUGGUGCCACGGCAACCGGCAGCUUGGCGACGAAGUAUCUGAGGAGAAGGAGACAGAGACGCUCGGAGGAGGAACACGGAGAGGGAUGGCAGCGGAGGAGAAGCCCGGUGUGAAGAGCAGCAGCUCCAUACUUCCCUGCUUCCUGUUUGUGGAGCUGGUGAUCAUGGCUGGGACGGUGCUGCUGGCUUAUUACUUUGAGUACACGGACACCUUCCCGGUGCACAUCCAGGGCUUCUUCUGCUAUGACAAGACCUUUUCUAAGCCCUACCCCGGUCCAGAGGACACCAGCAAGAUCCCGCCGGUGCUCAUCUACUCGCUCGUCACAGUCAUCCCCACACUCACGAUUCUGGUCGGAGAGCUGUGUGCCUUCUUCAGCAAGACAGAGGGAACGCGGGAGAAGACCAUCGUCACCGCAGACUGCUGCUACUUCAACCCCCUGCUGAGACGCAUCAUACGUUUUCUAGGUGUUUAUGCCUUCGGCCUCUUCACCACCACCAUCUUUGCCAACGCGGGCCAGGUCGUGACAGGAAACCAGACGCCUCACUUCCUGUCCGCCUGCCGACCAAACUACACAGCGUUGGGCUGCCAGUCCACCAUGCAGUACAUCACAGAGCGCCGCGCCUGCACAGGCAACCCACUGACUGUCAUGACGGCACGGAAAUCUUUCCCUUCAAAAGACGCAGCGCUCAGCGUCUACUCUGCCAUUUACACAGUGAUGUACGUGACGCUGGUGUUCAAGACCAAAGGCACGCGGCUGACCAAGCCCACCAUCAGCCUCACCCUGCUCUGUCUGGCCAUGCUCGUGGGCGUGGUCAGAGUGGCCGAGUACCGCAACCACUGGGCCGACGUUCUGGCCGGAUUCUUCACCGGGGGAUCCAUCGCUGUGUUUCUGGUGACGUGUGUGAUUAACAACUUCCAGCAGUUGCAGUCCAGUAUCGCUCCACAGCGACCCCAGCGCCCCGAGUCCAUGCUGGGCAUGCCCAUGGUGACCCUUCCCUGUGUGGAGAGUCCACUCGAAAAGUUAAGUGGUCCUCAGCAUCCCACACUCUCCUCCUCCUCUACCCUCUACAACACCUACGUCCAAUCAUUCUGAACAACUUUGACUCCUUUUUGCCCGUCCCAUCCCUCCCUCCCUCCCUCCCUCGCCCUCCUCUCCAUCGUCUCUUUGCCUCAUUUCUGUUUUUUGCCCGUCUCUUCUUCGCUCCUCAUCCCGCGCAUUGCUCUGAAUUUUUCUUUUCUUCACUUCUUCUUUUUCCUUCACCCUCCCUCUCUCUCUCUCUCUCUCUCUCUCUCUUUCUGUCUCACUCCUCUCUUUCCCCUGCAGACUCCGCGGGGAUCUCCGUUCUCCGAGAUCACAUGACCAUCAGCCCUAUCGGUUCCCCGCCACCCCCGAUGUCCUCGUUCCGACUCGCUCCAUUUCCAGCGAAGUCUAGACCAAUCGGAGCAGCACUCGCCGCACUGCGCCGCCCAUCCGGCUGGGCGGUACGCGACACUGCACCGCUCCUAUUCCACCCAGGUCUAGGCCGAUCAUAGCCCACAAAAUACACACACACACACACACACACAGCAUCUCUAUCCCCGGGGAACCGAUAGGCAAACUCUUACGCAGACUUUCUCUGUUGCUGGACUCUCAGUAAAGUAAAUCCUGAACUUUUCGUACAAAGUCAGGUACAUAUUUGAUUUUCUUCAUUUUGAAUAUUGUACUGAAAGACAUUUUUGUAUAAACGGUCAUGUGAUGCUUCAGUGGUGCGCUGGGAAAAGGAACCUGCAUCACACUGUGACCUCUGAGAAUGUCCACUGAAUAUUUAUUCACUCACACAAUUGUAUGAAUGAGUCACUCCACCCCCCAACCCAACC